AUGCGCCUUCAUUUGGUUAUUCAUCGCCACGAGCUCCCUACUAUUCGAAUCCUAUGGACUCCGCCCUCGCGUUCUCCAGGCCUCUCUCACCAGCCCUCCGCAUCAUCAUCCUUUACCCUAGGCGCGCCUCAGCCACCCACUGCCGGACGCACAUUGAGCGCAAGUACAAGUUUCAAUACAGCGUUGACCACAUUGUCUACGGUGGGGGGGUACACAAUCGCGCAGCUCCUAGCAGAUGUGAAUGACGUUGUUCCUCUUGAAACCCGCGUCGAUUAUCAUGGAGAGCAAAGUGACUGUGGACAUUGGGGCCUGGAGGACUAUGUUGUUGAGUUAAUGGGAUCUGAGUGCCUGCAUUUUAUGGAGACUGUAAAUUUGUUGAGAGAUGGUGAUGAACUUGUAAUUCGGCCGUUACACUACGAAGAGCUUGAAGCGCGACACAUUACUGGCCGCCACCAAGUUGCCACGGAUGGAACACAUCUUAUUGAUGGUGUAGCGUUUGGGAAGAAAUAUCUUAAAAGGGCUGCGUCCCGUCGUCCGCCGAUUCGUAUUCCACCUCGGAGUAAAAGGAGACGUUUGGAAGAAAGAGAAUGGGAUUAUGAUAUUCCAGUGAGAGAACCCUUCGAACCAAUAAUUCUACCACCCAAAGGCCGGGAAACGGAAUUUGUACAUGGAGUAAUUCUUGCGGAACCAAUCCAAUCCGAGGACCACCAGAAAGAUGAGAAUACGCGGCUCCGGAAAGUAGACGAGGCUCUCUCUACUAAAGCUAGCACUCCAUUAAACCAUAAGUCGCCUUCUUUCUCCGAAAACGACAUAGAGAUACUGCAUGUUGUGAAGAAAUCCUGUACCAAAAGCCCUAACUUGGAGGGAAGUGUAUACCCAAUUAGUGUGCUCGAUAGAGCAGAGGAAUAUCGCACUGAAAACGAAUCAAAAUAUAUCUCAUUAUCUUCUGGAUCGGAAUCUUCAGAAAGCGGAAGCGAAUUGAGCUCUGCAACAACAGAUGCUCAUGAAGACGGGGAAACAGAAAGUUCUGACUUAAAAUCUUCAACCAGCGUUUCUGGAACAAGCCAAUCGUCGUCGUCAUCUUCAGUAUCAUCUUCCUCAAGCAGUGAAGAUGGCUUGGGCUCAGAGUCCGGCGAGUCUGUGCCUGAGAAAGAGAAGCGGCCGCUUAAACCAGAUGUCCCGUUUACCCAGCCUGUUACUCCCCGGGUCAAUAACGCCCCUGGAACGGGCUCUCGCAGGACAAGACAUAGCAACCUACGAACUAAAUUACGAAAGAGACUCGCAAAAAUGAAAGCGGCAGGUGUGUUACCUCAAGAUGCUAAUUUCGACGAUUUACGUAACUUGGAUGAAUUUGGUGCGUUGAAAACUCGGCCCAAAAUGCCAGUUCCCGCUACACAAACGGACGAAACAGCACCAUUUACGUUCGCAAAGCAAGAGAAUGAGCAUCAUCAGUAUUUAGAAAGUAUCGAAGCUAUCGGCUUAGGUAUCAAUCCUGACACGAAAAAAAACACUGCACAAACUUUUGCAGUUGCCCCUUCCCCGAUGAACUCCAGUGCUUCUGUUGUUGAUGUUCCUUUGCCUGAAAAUGGCGUCAAAUUAAACUUAGCUAAUACCCGACGCCUCCUUUUUGGAUCUCUUGGAUUACGAACCCCAAAGACCAAGGGUGACGCGGAACGCCUCAAAGCACAGUUAACAGAGAAAUUGAAAAUAUGCAAAGUGGCUAUCAAAGAGCAACAAUCCCAAGAGCCCAUAGAGAAGUCCCACGCUCUUAUGCCUGUUGAGAAUUGGCAAGAUUUUCUAAAUGUCAAAGCUAUUGAGUGCAUCUAUGAAGAUGUGUCGAUACCUCCGCCGCCGUUUCCCUUUGUACAACGAUGGGAUUCUGAGAGUCAAAAAUUGAUUCGACAACGGCGAAACAAUGGGUCAUUUAACAAAGGUAAAAAACGAAAGCGAAAGUCUCGUAACGAUGAGGAACAUGAUCACUGGCAACCGUAUGAAAAUGAAGAAUAUUCAAACGCAAACAUUAUACUUAAUUACUCAGAUACUGAGAGUAAUGAGAAAAGUAAACAGGAAACCUUGCAACCCGUCAUGGAGUCUGCCACUGAAAAGUUACAUAUUCAGCAGUCGGAUACCGCACAACAAACUAAUGAAAAUGCCAUUGAACCAGGCCUAGGUCAGACUGAAGAGGAUCUUCCGGUAUAUGAGGGUUUGUCGUCAUAUGAGACUGCCACUGAGAAUGAUUUGAAAGUCGGUGCUAUCAUAGCAUUCAAGCAGCUAGAAGUGUCAAAGACGACUAAUUGGCAACCCGUAGUCUCCAGUUACCGUACUGCAAUAGUGGAACAAGUUAUAGACGCGUCCAACGUUCAACUCCGUCUAGCAAUGCGAGACAGAGAAAAAAAGCCAGAAAACCAGGAAACAGAGCCCAGAGUUUAUUCAGGGUUCGAAAUGCCUGGGUACGAAGACGAACAGGGCGACGAUGAUGGUAUCAGAGACAUGGAAGUGUAUCAGUUGAUAGAGCCAAAAUUGCUGCGUUCUGCACCGGCUAUAGAUUUGGAAGGCGCAAUAAUGGUGAACGGGACUCAAGAGAAUGAUAUACCUGACUGUAUCCCUGAAUCUAUUCACCAAAACGCCGAGGAACCGGAGCUUCCACCAAUAUCUUCUCAAACAAGACGUGACAUUUCGCAGAUAAUAGACGAUGCUGGAUUCAGAUCAGCGAUUGAUUCGGAUUUAAAUGUGCUCGAUGAACCAAUUCCCGUCGCUGAUAGCCCUAAUUCUGGAACGGGCAAAGAUGAUAAUGGUCCCGAAUUGCAAGCAGAAGAUGUCACUCCAGUUAUUGAAUCACCAAGUUUUAAUGGUUUCGAGCGCAGUCCUCCACACGAAACAAAUGAACCACGGAGCCCAGAUGCCACACCUCGGCCGAGUAACUCUGCUCCGAUCAAGAAGGACGUCUGUCACAAACCCUCUCCUGGCACACAAACAUCCUCCGUAAAGAAUUCUGCCCAGCAAGAGCAUGCAGUACCAUCUAUGCCGUCUGAAGACAGCCUUCAUUACAUCUCUGAUCUGGAUACAACAGUACCGGAUAGCGGUGCGCCUAAUGGAAGCCAGCUAUCAAAACUUAAAUCAUCAAGGAAUGCUACAACUCAUAGUAAGCUGUCGCAGAGCCAAGAAGAGCCCGAUCCUGAGCGCCAGGUUGGAUCACUAUUAUGCACUAUACACCCAUCUGCCGUGGAAGCCGAGAAUGACCGUCCUAACUCGUCCGGCUCAAUGGUUCCCAAUCCAUUUUAUGAAGUCGACCGCCUUCUUUUUGAGGACAGUGAUUCUCCGCCUCUAGAUGCCAUUGUUUCAUCUACCGCCCCCCCUCGUCUUGGUGAAUCGGUUGAUGGGAAACCGCCAGUUCGAAUUAGAAAAAAUCGCCUAUCGUCCUCCCGUCGACGGCAAUACACUCCACAGUUCUCAGACGAUAACAAUGGAGAUGUCGAGGACGACGUCAAACUUCCAGAGCCGCAGAAGGCAGUCAACCAAUUAGAAAAUUCCCAAAAAAUAAAAACAGAAAUUGCGAGCUCUCAAGCCCACUUCCCAGACCCGCAAAUUAUCGUCCAAGGCUCUCAAUUUGUUGAUCUUACUAUCUCAAGUGAUCCUGUAUCUCCCGGGGGUAGUGACGGUGAUUUUGCAAAAUCUCAAGGUCUUCCCAAUGGCUCUGGUUGGGUUCAAAAGCAAACAAGCAGCUAUAGACGGACUCGUAAUUCAAUCAAUCGAAAUACUGACAAAUUGUCGCAACCUCGAAGGACCAGAACAAGAAGAAGUGUUAUCUAG